AAUCCCUUGAAAUAAACAAGGAAGUAUUCGUCCUUACCAUCUGUCAACCCCCAGCACGAUGCUGUCAGUUUAAAUGUGUAUUUUUAAAUUCAUAUUUUGCAUUCACACAGCAAUGACCCAAGAUACUGUUGUGCGCAUAUUGAUUUAGAAAAUUAUCGACAUACCGCCGCCGUUGUGAGAGGAACAUGGCUUGGUUAUCAUCAACUCUGGCGCUGUGCUGCUUAACAGUAACGGUAGGCCUACAUGUAAAUGAAAUUGAUGCAACAGCGAAAAUGAGAGUGAUGAAGUCAACUCAUAAUUUAGACUACGACGAGCGUACAUUUUCGCCAUCUACAUUUGCGCACAGCACCGUCAACUUCAGAUCCAAAAUAACUCCUCAACAAGUCACGGGAUUGGAGCCAGGUAACACCGCUCCAGCUUUCAAAGUGCCAACCCUGGAUGGAGAAUUCGUUUACCCGCCACUUGCAGGGUUGAAAGGGCCAUUGAUAAUUCAUUCUUUUACCAACAAGUCUGCCUUUUUGGAGUGCCUGUGGAACUCCGAGUCGUCACUAACCGACUUGGUCCAGGACCUACCCGAGAGCACCCAAGUCCUCUUCGUGUCUCUGGAUGACAGCUCUGUCAACGAUGCCUUAUGGAUGAGAGAUCAAGUCCUUCGUGUAGCAUCGCAUAGGUAACAUUACAAAGGAGCAACACAAAUGUUUACUGUUGCUUGUUAAUAUAGAGGAGACAGGUCAUUGAACUGAACUGACAUAUUACAACUUUCCCUUUGUGUUUCUGUUCAACAGAAAGCAAGAGGUUUUGUCCAGAUUGCACUUCUCCCCUGUUCCUGUAUUUGACUUGGGGAACUGGAUUCCCAGUGUGCUGUACUCUUGGGGUUGUUCGGGACACAACUGUGGCCUUUCUCAGGCAGUUUUUACCUCUACAGGUAGGGAAUACUUGCUAUGCACUGCAGGACUGGUGCACUCAUCAAAGCACCAGUGGAAGUUUCAUUGUCCCUUGCAUUUACUGUUUGUGGUCCAUUUUAACUUUUGUUUUUGACACUAUUAUUAUUCUAUCCUGGAUGAACAUAUUAUAGUUCAUUGUUCUCAGGGUGUCAUCAGAGUUAUUUAAUGACAGAUAAGCCAUGUAUUUAUUGAUUUCUAUGUCCAUCUUCUGGAAGUGAGGUAUUAUUGCAUUUUUAUUACAUACAGGGUGGAAGAUGCCUGUGACUGUCAAGAGACUUGAUGCGCGAUACGAUUGGCUGAUGGGUUGCUGGAGCCAGAGGAAACACCAGUUGAUUGAUGCAGGCGAUGGGUGUGAGCCCGCCCCCUCCGCUGCAGGUGCUGUUGCCUGGGUUUCCGAGGGCAACUGCUCCUUUUUCACCAAGGUCAGUUAUGAGAGGGACAGCGACAGACAGAGAGGGAGAGGUGGAGAGAUGCGGGGAAACAUUUAACUGUCAUUUUCCAGGUUUAACAGAAGAGUUGUUAUACAUUUGUCCAUAAUGUUGCCCAUAGAGUUUGAGAGGUUGUGUAAAGACACACAAACAGACUUUCAAUGUGCUUGAACUCGACAUGAAGGAACACAUUGACAUUGUUUGUUUCCUUCCCCAGGUGAAGAACAUGGCCAAGUCCAAUGCCACAGGUGUCCUUGUCCAUGCACUUCCUGGAAACCCGAUCCAGGAUAUGAACUGUGUGGGAGAUGAAUGUUCUACACCACUAGGCAUACCUGCUGCCAUGGUGCAUUGUGAGCCCUCUGUGGCCCAGGCCCUUAGGUAAUGAACACUCUGACUGACUCAUACAGUGUUAGGUCAAGUAGCUUUCUUCACUUAACUCACUAGAAGCCAUGCUUCCUCUAAGGAUAAAGUGUUCUCUCAGUAGUCUUAGAUGGAUUACUCAUGGAUAUUAUCUAUUGACUCCUGACCUGAUGAGAUAUGCGUGCAAUGGUCAAUAGAACAUACUGUGUAUGUUAUUUUAAACUUGUUGAUUGUCCAAUUCUCAACCAUGAAUAAAUAUUGGACCAAAUAAAGGGAAUAUAUGGAUGUUUAUAUUCUGUUCUAUGUUUUGUAGAUAUGGGCACAUGGUGAACGUGUCCUUUCAGAGUACCCCCUCUCCAAACUUCUUCAUUGGCAUUGACCAGCAGGGGGCACUGUCUGAGAUGGGCUGGUUCCUCUACCCCUCCUUCAAGUUCAUCAACUGGCAGGCCCAGUGGUAAGCAGUAAGCACACUAUGGAUUGCCCAGUUAUUGCAGUAUACUGAAGACAUCAGGAAUUCGUAUGUCAGGAGUAUGUGAUGAAAGAGCAAGAUUUUCAGCUAUUGGGUAGCUGUAACCAUUCCCUCCUAGGUUUGAUUUCUAUGAGGGGCUUCAGACUAGACUCCGUGACCCAGCCUGGGUGGUCCCUGUGUUUGAGAAGGUCCAGAUGCAAGGACAGAGUGGAGCAGUAGCCACUGUGAACCUGCCUUCUGGUAAAGAAACCUAAUUGUAUCUCCACCAGUUAAUUUACAUAUACACUGAGUGUACAAAACAUUAGGAACACCUGCUCUUUCCAUGACAUAGACUGACCAGGUGAAUCCAGGUGAAAGCUAUGAUCCCUUAUUUAUGUCACUUGUUAAAUCCACUUCAAUCAGUGUAGAUGAAGGGGAGGAGAUGGGUUAAAGAAUGAUUUUUAAGCCUUGAGACAAUUGAGACAUGGAUUGUGUGUGUGCCAUUCAGAGGGUGAAUGUGCAAGACAAAAGAUUUAGGUGCCUUUGAACGGGGUAUGGUAGUAGGUGCCAAGCACGGUUUGAGUGUGUCAAGAACUGCAACGCUGCUGGGUUUUUCACGCUCAAUUGUUUCCUGUGUAUAUCAAAGAAUGGUCUACCACCCAAAGGACAUCCAGCCAACUUGACACAACUAUGGGAGGCAUUGGAGUCAACAUGGGCCAGCAUCCCUGUGGAACGCUUUCGACACCGUGUAGUCCAUGCCCCGACGAAUUGAGGUGUCCCUAAUGUUUUGUACACUCAGCAUUUAUGGUCGUGCCAUACACUAAGUCAACCAGAAAUGCAUCAGCUUUGAAUAUAAUUAGAAUUUGAUAGAUAUUUCAAAGGGAUAGGAAUAUUGACUUUGCCAUUUCACUGUGUCGGUAGACAUGUUGGAUUUUGACAUGCUGGAGUUGGACGCGUCUCUGUCCUGUCCCAGCCAAAGGGAUGACUCCUGCGCCCACUGGGACCACACUGUGCAGCUGUUUGUGUGCUGUGACCAUUUCAGUCCCCACUGCAACAUGGAGAUGGGGCGCUGGAUAACAGCCUUCCGCAGGUAUAGUCUGUGCAUUUGUUGUCACAUGACAUGGAUACCAUGUGACAUGAGUCCCCAAAAUGCAUUUUGAUAUUCAUUAAGAUCACUCAAGAAGGGCAAAGCUGUUCCAUUUCCAUUGACUUAAAGGUCCAAUGCAGCCUUUUUAUCAAAUCAAAUCAAAUUGUAUUUGCCACAUGCGCCGAAUACAACAGGUGUAGACAUUACAGUGAAAUGCUUACUUACAAGCCCUUAACCAACAAUGCAGUUUAAAAAAAAUAAAAUAAAAGCAAAUAACUAAAGAGCAGCAGUAAAAUAAAAUAACUGUAGGAAGGCUAUAUACAGGGGGGUACCAGUACAGAGUCAAUGUGCGGGGGUACCGGCUAGUCAAGGUAAUAUGUACAUGUGGGUAGAGUUAAAGUGACUAUGCAUAAAUAAUAAACAGAGUAGCAGCAGCGUAAAAGAGGGGGAUGGAGUGGGGGACAGUGCAAAUAGUCCGGGUAGCUUAGCUGUUCAGGAGUCUUAUGGCUUGGGGGUAGAAGCUGUUAAGAAGCCUUUUGGACAUAGACUUGGCGCUCCGGUACCGCUUGCCGUGCGGUAGCAGAGAGAACAAUCUAUGACUAGGGUGGCUGGAGUCUUUGACAAUUUUUAGGGCCUUCCUCUGACACCGCCUGGUACAGAGGUCCUGGAUGGCAGGAAGUUUGGCCCCAGUGAUGUACUGGGCCGUACGCACUACCCUCUGUAGUGCCUUGCGGUCGGAGGCCGAGCAGUUGCCAUACCAGGCGGUGAUGCAACCAGUCAGGAUGCUCUUGAUGGUGCAGCUGUAUAACUUUUUGAGGAUCUGAGGACCCAUGCCAAAUCUUUUCAGUCUCCUGAGGGGGAAUAGGCUUUGUCGUGCCCUCUUACAUUUUACAUUUUAGUCAUUUAGCAGACGCUCUUAUCCAGAGCGACUUACAGUUAGUGAUUGCAUACAUUUUCAUACUGGCCCCCCCAUGGGAAACGAACCCACAACCCUAGCGUUGCAAGUGCCAUGCUCUACCAACUGAGCUACAGUGGACUCUUCACGACUGUCUUGGUGUGUUUGGACCAUGAUAGUUUGUUGGUGAUGUGGACACCACGGAACUUGAAGCUCUCAACCUGUUCCACUACAGCCCCGUCGAUGAGAAUGGGGGCGUGCUCAGUCCUCUUUUUUUUUCUCCCCCUGUAGUCCACAAUCAUCUCCUUUGUCUUGAUCACGUUGAGGGAGAGGUUGUUAUCCUGGCACCACAUGGCCAGGUCUCUGACCUCCUCCCUAUAGGCUGUCUCAUUGUUGUCGGUGAUCAGGCCUACCACUGUUGCGUCGUCGGCAAACUUAAUGAUGGUGUUGGAGUCGUGCCUGGCCAUGCAGUCAUGGGUGAACAGGGAGUACAGGAGGGGACUGAGCACGCACCUCUGAGGGGCCCCCUUGUUGAGGAUCAGCGUCGGCAGAUGUGUUGUUACCUACCCUUACCAUCUCCAUAUCAAAUAAUUUCUGGGUAGCAAUGAAGUACCUUACUGUGAUUAUAUUCAAUUAAAAUGGUCAAAAAGAAACCCAAAUAGCUUCUUAUUAAAGAGCAAUUUCUCAAACAAUAAUUUUGCUAGGACUUUCUGGGAGUGGUCUCAGUGAGGGGCCUAAUUGGAGGAGCCUAAUGGGAGGGAUAUGUAACCUGAAAACUAGCGGUAAUUGGCAGAGAGGUUUGAAACGCUCUUUGUUAUUGGUCUAUUAACUUAUACCGCAUGAUGAUGUUGCCAGGCAGGUCAAAACUCCACCCGUGCAAAACAAGCAGAAAUUCCAGGCAGUCUUUUCAAACAGCUCUUACACUAAAAGGGUAUUAUCAUCAUUUUCACAAUUUUACAGUAUUAUUCCAACUUCAUCGUGUGGAAAUAUAUACUGAACAAAAAUAUAAACGCAACAUGCAACAAUUUCAACGAUUUUACUGAGUUACAGUUCAUACAGUGGGUAAAAAAAGUAUUUAGUCAGCCACCAAUUGUGCAAGUUCUCCCACUUAAAAAGAUGAGAUAGGCCUGUAAUUUUCAUCAUAGGUACACGUCAACUAUGACAGACAAAAUGAGAAAAGAAAUCAGGAAAAUCACAUUGUAGGAUUUUUAAUGAAUUUAUUUGCAAAUUAUGGUGGAAAAUAAGUAUUUGGUCAAUAACAAAAGUUUCUCAAUACUUUGUUAUAUACCCUUUGUUGCAAUCACAGGUCAAACGUUUCUGAAGUCUUCACAGGUUUCACACUGUUGCUGUAUUUUGGCCCAUUCUCCAUGCAGAUCUCCUCUAGAGCAGUGAUGUUUUGGGGCUGUCGCUGGGCAACACAGACUUUCAACUCCCUCCAAAGAUUUUCUAUGGGGUUGAGAUCUGGAGACUGGCUAGGCCACUCCAGGACCUUGAAAUGCUUCUUACGAAGCCACUCCUUCGUUGCCCGGGCGGUGUGUUUGGGAUCAUUGUCAUGCUGAAAGACCCAGCCACGUUUCAUCUUCAAUGCCCUUGCUGUUGGAAGGAGGUUUUCACUCAAAAUCUCACGAUACAUGGCCCCAUUCAUUCUUUCCUUUACACGGAUCAGUCGUCCUGGUCCCUUUGCAGAAAAACAGCCCCAAAGCAUGAUGUUUCCACCCCCAUGCUUCACAGUAGGUAUGGUGUUCUUUGGAUGCAACUCAGCAUUCUUUGUCCUCCAAACACGACGAGUUGAGUUUUUACCAAAAAGUUAUAUUUUGGUUUCAUCUGACCAUAUGACAUUCUCCCAAUCCUCUUCUGGAUCAUCCAAAUGCACUCUAACAAACUUCAGACGGGCCUGGACUUCAGACGGGCCUGGACAUUUUUGCUCACCGUUCUUGUGAUCAUUUUGACCCCACAGGGUGAGAUCUUGCGUGGAGCCCCAGAUCGAGGGAGAUUAUCAGUGGUCUUGUAUGUCUUCCAUUUCCUAAUAAUUGCUCCCACAGUUGAUUUCUUAAAAACCAAGCUGCUUACCUAUUGCAGAUUCAGUCUUCCCAGCCUGGUGCAGGUCUACAAUUUUGUUUCUGGUGUCCUUUGACAGCUCUUUGGUCUUGGCCAUAGUGGAGUUUGGAGUGUGACUGUUUGAGGUUGUGGACAGGUGUCUUUUAUACUGAUAACAAGUUCAAACAGGUGCCAUUAAUACAGGUAACGAGUGGAGGACAGAGGAGCCUCUUAAAGAAGUUGUUACAGGUCUGUGAGAGCCAGAAAUCUUGCUUGUUUGUAGGUGACAUAAGGAAAUCAGUCAAUUGAAAUAAAUUCAUUAGGCCCACCCACUGGGGAGCCAGGCCCAGCCAAUCAGAAUGAGUUUUUCACCACAAAAGGGCUUUAUUAUAGACAGAAAUACUCCUCAGUUUCAUCAGCUGUCCAGGUGGCUGGUCUCAGACGAUCCCACAGGUGAAGAAGCCGGAUGUGGAGGUCCUGGGCUGGCGUGGUUACACGUGGUCUGCGGUUGGAAGGCCGGUUGGACGUACUGCCAAAUUCUCUAAAACGACGUUGGAGGUGGCUUAUGGUAAAUAAAUUAACUUUCAAUUCUCUGGCAACAGCUCUGGUGGACAUCCCUGCAGUCAGCAUGCCAAUUGCCAGCUUUCUCAAAACUUGAGACAUCUGUGGCAUUGUGUUGUGUGACAAAACUGCACAUUUUAGAGUGGCCUUUUAUUGUCCCCAGCACAAGGUUAACCUGUGAAAUGAUAAUGCUGUUUUAUCAGCUUCUUGAUAUGCCACACAUGUCAGGUGGAUGGAUUAUCUUGGCAAAGGAGAAAUGUUCACUAACAGGGAUGUAAACAAAGUUGUGCACAACAUUUGAGAGAAAUAAGCUUUUUGUGUGUAUAGAAAAAUUCUGGGAUCUUUUAUCUGAGCUCAUGAAACAUGGGACCAACACUGUUGCGUUUUAUAUUUUUGUUCAGUGUAUAUAUAAACCACAGGAAAAUCACAUUUUUGACUGCACUGGGCCUUUUACCUCUGUGCUCAUGGCCUUUACCACUUCAAAGCCAUCCCCUUUGGCUUAGAAAAAUGCUCCUGCAAUUUUUUUAAAACAAUGUUAAUGUUCCUCCCCCAGAGGUAUUGGGCGCUGGCUCACUGAUGUUUCUCCCCUGGUGCCUCUGUUGAACAAUGGGAGAUGUACCUUCACCAUGAAGACUGUGCCUUGGGCCAUGCCCUGGGUGGUGUCUCUGAGUCUGAGAUUCAGUCCACACAAAUCACUCAGGUAAGUUAUAAUGCCUACAUAACACGGUCACAGGUGUUAUAAAGCCUACAUAACACUGUCAUUAGACAUUCAAAACUCUACACUUUUUAAUUAGUAUUUUACUGUUCAUUGUGUAUCCGAAUUCUUCUCUAAAAUAUGUAUAUUUUUUUACAGUAUAAAAAAAUGCUAAGUGAUGGGUUAGGCAAUAGGACAGAUUAUUUCACAAAAAUAAAAAUAAACAUUAAAUAGGUUUCCAGUAGGUGAGUAUGCCGUCCUGUUGUGUAUAGUUACUACUAGUGACAAAGCAAUGGACAGAAAUUACUUGUCUUGAGCAAUUUAGACAAUUUUAUCCCUCGUUCAUCAUGUGUAGAAAAAGAUGAGCACUUCCAUCCUAGGCAAAGUGGAGUGUCAUGCAAAAUAACAGGAUGUCUGCAAAUUGUUGCUAGGAAGUUGUCCUGGCAAAGGACAACCCCCCUAUGUGUCUCAGUCACGGCAGAGUAGUCAUGGGAAAAAGUACUCCAGUAUCAGCCUUUUCUCACUACACCAAUGCAAUACCGUCUAAAGACAGUAUCAUACUGUAUUCUUAUAUGGCAAUGAGUAACAGAAUGAACUCUUCAAACAGAUGUUAUAACUAGAUUUUGCUCUUGUUACAGCCAAUCACACAGACAUGCUUUACCCCUUUAAGCUGAUGUCAUUGUACAGUGGAGGCACCUUUGACAAGGAAUACAACAAGAGAUACCAACCAAUCAAAUUCACUGUCCCAGCCUCAACAAAAAAGGUAUGAUGCAGAAUUGAUAUUACUUCUGUUUAUAUUUACUCAUAAUAAAUUAAGUGAAAUAAAGGGCAGUUAUCAUAUGUUCUUUUAUUUUUUAAUAUGCCUUUGUUUUAGUUGGUGCUUUGGCCAUAAUGUGUGUAGAAAGCUGCUUACAAAUAGAGGUAUUAUUGUAAUCAGUCAUUUUAUGUACCAUAUUGUGUCUUAGGUGGAGUUGUAUGCUGUGAUCACAGGCCACGGGAGCGACGAGAACGGUUGCGGCGAGUUCUGCGUGACAUCACACCACUUCCUAGUCAACGGAGCGUUCAAUAACACCCGUAUUUUUGACUCGGCAGGUGAGAAAUGACUAACGUUAGAGUAUGGUCAUGCAGAUUCAUAUAAUCUUCCCAUAGUCUGGGCCAUAGUUACAUUAGCAUGAUGAGGUUGUAUUCCUCCUAGGGCAAUUAGAUUUAACCGUGGGCCAAUUUUUUUCUAAUUGGAUGGACUGGGGGGGUGGAACAUUAUUGUUAUCAUUUUUACACCGCAAGUAAGCCCAAAUAGAUAUUGUAUUUCACAAUAACAUAAUCAUUUCAUACCUUGAUUACAUUGAGACACGGUCACAUAUGUCUCUGUAUGUAUUUGUGGUAAUACUUGGGAACAGAUUUCCUACAUUUGCUAAAUUCCUGGAAAUGUGUAUUUUUUGCCCAAGAACAAAAAUGAUAAUUUGUAAAAAUGUAUUUUGGGGCCAAAUAAAAUCACUUUCAGCUGAAUGUGGCCUGCAAGCUGCCUGUUGCUGACCCGUCCUAGGGCAUUUGCCUGUUGCUGACCCGUCCUAGGGCAUUUGCCUGUUGCUGACCCGUCCUAGGGCAUUUGCCUGUUGCUGACCCGUCCUAGGGCAUUUGCCUGUUGCUGACCCGUCCUAGGGCAUUUGCCUGUUGCUGAUCCGUCCUAGGGCAUUUGCCUGUUGCUGACCCGUCCUAGGGCAUUUGCCUGCUUGUGUCCCUAUUCUAUUAUUGUUUGAGUGAGUCAGGUGUGGGUCUGUUGUCAUGCAUUCUGUUCCAAAUGAAUGUAGAUACUACCAUAUCAAUGUAUUUUACUGCAUUUACCAUGCUUUUAAUACAGCGUUCUUUAAUGAUCCCAUUGUCCUGACUGUUUCCUGGUGUUGUGUUAUUCUCCAGGUUCAGCCCUGGGGUGUGCCAUGCGGGUGGGAGAGGGGGCGGUGCCCAACGAGCAUGGCACCUGGCUGUACGGGCGUGGAGGCUGGUGUGAUGGGCUACAGGUCAACCCCUGGAGGACUGACAUCACCACACAGGUAUAGAACCAUUGCCAGGCCACGUCAGGAGAAGUUGCGCCUGCGAUUCGUCAUCAGAAAACUCUUUAUUUACCUAGCAGUAGAUACGAUCACAUGCAACUUCAAAUGCAGCUCACGCAAGUUAACAAACAUAGAAUCAGAUGGUUAUCAUCUACAACGUCGCAGAUGUCAUCAGAGGAUUGAUUAAAUCACAAAUAGAGCUAGUUAAAGUGUACUUGUUGAACAUAGCUAUAGCCAUCAGUCUUGCAUGUUUCCAUGGUCAUCACUCAGUCACUGUUAAGUUUGUCAGGGUCCUGACUUUAGCGUUGGCUAUCCUGCUACAGAGCUUUUUGGUGUGGGGAUGCGUGUGCAUCGCUCGAACGUGACGUUUAGUUGUAAACAAAAAUUGGCUCUAUACGUCCUUUCCAUAGAAAUAUAAUGUAUCAUUAGAUCUAUCAUAAUUUUAUUUAUAUGGUUCUUUCAUCCUCACCUCAUACUGGAUUGAUAUUGAACUAUGAAAUGAUGCAACAUAUUUAUAUUUUCCAAUUUCAGAGUACAAUGUUGCCACCUUCAAAUGCAUACUAAAGAGGCAGUCUUUCACCAUGUAAACACUACCAUAACAGAGUCUUUGUAAAUUUGAAAGCCUUUUUUGGUGUUUUAGAUGUUAUUUCUGACAUUUGAAAGAGUUUCAAGACAACAAUUUUGCUCAUCUUCUAUCACACACAUUGCAGGUUUUUUGACGAAAAGGUUAAGCAUUCAAUUUCUCAAAAUGUUUGCUACAGUUGGCAUUUGUGUCCAGUAGUUUGCAGUGGAGUGCCCUUCAUGAAAUUAGCCUAUUAGAUGAGUACAGCACUUGAUCACCCAUGAGUCCUUGGGAAGGCACACAUGACCCUCUCUUUCCAAAGCUUCAGUUACAUUUUAUUCAUUUGAUACACACGCAUAAUUUUCAUGACCAUUUCAUUACCACAAGCUUAAUUUGUAAUCCAUAGAUAUUACAGUAUUGGGGCUGUUGUUUAUGGUUGUUUGAUUACUAUAGUGUUUCUCCUGAGGCCUUGAUGUGUUCUUUCUUGUUGUCUUCUUUCUCAGCUGGACAUGAGUGGGAUUGAAGCCAAUACUCUGCUCUACUUUGGCCUUUACAGUGGACAGGACCCCAAUCCGUCUCACGACCCUGGCUAUAUUGUCAUGUUCUCUUAUCUGGUGUUCUACAAGUAA